AGGGGCCUUGAAGGGAGUUACCAAAUUCGUAAACUCACUCGUGUUUACUUGUGGUUUUGUCUCCCGAAACAGAAAUUGCCGAAAUUAGGGUUUAGAAAAACCCAACAAAAUCCUUCUAAUCCCAGAAAAAGUCAUUUCGCAUAAACGGUUUACCAUAUUUGACAUAAAGAGAUGGAAUUUUGCCCGACCUGUGGUUCGAUGUUGCAAUACGAGUUGCCACACUUGGAUCGUCCUGCAAGAUUCGCUUGUCCUGCUUGUCCAUACGUCUGUAACAUGGAAAGCAGGGUUAAAAUCAAGAGAAAACAACGUUUGGUCAAGAAAGAAAUUCAACCAAUUUUCACUCAAGAUGCCAUGAUGGAUGGCCCCCAAACUGAAGUAACAUGCCCUAAUUGCAAAUUUGGGAAGGCUGUUUACCAUGAACUCCAGACACGAUCAGCUGAUGAGCCGAUGACAAUAUUUUACAUGUGUGCAAACAAAAAUUGUAAACACAGGUGGAAUGAAUGAGGAGUGUGGGAGAAAGUAAAGAAGACUGAAUGUCUCUUAUUUGUAAUUGACCCUUUUAUUUUCUUAAUAAAAAAAAAAAAAACCAACUUCUUGGAGUA